UUACGCAUUACUACUUUUAAUAAUAUUUAUUAAAACCUAGUGUUUAUUUUAUUUGCUCACUUGAUCACUACAGUAAUAUUUCAAUAUCAGAUUUUACAAGUCAUCGAUGUUUGCAACUUUAAGAAACAAGUUAAAAUGGGGUUCCAAAGCAACCUCCGAAUGUUGGAAUAUUCAAACAACCUAUAGUUUCUCAUUGUUUAUUGCAGUACUUGAAGAUCUGAUAUUUUGGAAAAAAAUUUGGUUGUCUUUGUCUUUUGUGUUCUUUUAUAAUUUAAUUUUACUAUUAUGUAUUCGACAGCAAAUAAAUUGUUUUGAAUUUAUUCUUUACAUUUCUAUUAUUAUUAUAUCAAUUGAUGCAUUGGAAACCUGGUUAAAAUAUAAACAUAGGACUACAUUUUUAAAAAAACUUGUAGUUAAUGAUGGAAAUAAAAUAAGGACAACUUUUCAUCAGUUUAACAAAUUCUUUGAAAAGAAAUGGACCAAUUUCAUAUAUCUAAGGGAAAAAAAUCCAACAAAGGCAUUUCUGCUGGUCAACAUAAUUUUGAGUGUAAUUUUCCUGUUAGGGAAAUAUAUAAGUGGCUAUCUCUUAAUUUACAUAUUAUGUAUGUUACUGCUGCUAUUUCAAAAACUGACACCGCCGAUACUAAAAUUAGUGAAAAAGAUUCAACAGAGUGCAGAAUCAGAAGCAGAGUUGGAGGGUCUAAUUCCAGAAGUAUCUGAAGUUGAUAUAAACCUGCUGUCAAUUGAACCAGAGUGUACUAUAGUUACUGAUGAACGUCAAAGUUUGGAUUGUUGGAAGCCAGUUGAUUUAUCAAAUGAUGAAACCAGUGACAGUUCCGAAAACAGUAGUUCUCUAGCCACAAAUUUGUCAAUAGAAAAAAUGCAAACACUUGAUAGAGAUGUUGAAACAUCAGACUCUAGUGAAGAUGAAUAUAUACCUAUAGAAAAACAAAAAGGACAACUACAGUCAACUUUAGAAGUUAUUCAGCCUUCUGAUACAUGGAGCAGUACUGCUUAUAAUGCUCUGUGGAAUUUUACUGGAGCAGUGACUAAGAUAGUUUAUUCUAGGACUGAAGACAAUAAAAGAAACCGUGUAUCAAGUAUGGACUCAUCGGACGGUUUUGAAAUGAUUGACAAAACAGAUUUGAUGUAAAAAUUUUGUUUUAUUGUUUUUUAUGAAGUCGCCACAAGUCUGAGACUGUAACAUAUUAAUUUAAUUAUGGUUCAAAGCUAAUUUUU